AUGAGCGAUUCCGACGGAAAAAAUAUGGAAGGACGAUUCGAAGCGGCCUAUAUCGUGGACCUAGUUAGAUUAAUCUUGGAGCGCUUGAGCUUCGUUGAUUUUCAUCGAGCGAGAUGCGUUUCUUCAACAUGGUAUGUUGCUUCGAAAUCAGUCAUCGGAGUAACAAAUCCAACAACUCCAUGGAUCAUUCUUUUUCCAAACAAAAAUGUCGAAAACAACGGUUCAUGUAAGUUGUUUGAUCCUCAUGAAAACAAAACCUACAUAAUCAGAGAUUUAGGGUUUGAUAUGUCUACGAGUCGUUGUUUAGCGAGUUCCGGUAGUUGGUUCCUUAUGUUCGACCAUAGAGCUGAUUUUCAUCUUUUGAAUCUUUUUACUCGAGAGAGGAUUCUUCUUCCGUCUCUCGAAUCAAUCGAUGGAGAACGGUAUAUGCGAUUCAAGAGACCCAUUAGCGGUAGCCAUAUAGAAAUAGACAAAGCGGUUCUGUGGGUAGAUGACAAAAGCAGAGAUUACUUUGUGUUUUGUAAUCUUUCUAGUUAUGUAGCAUAUCAUCACAAGAGAGGAGAUGACAACAAUAGCUGGAAAGUUCUUCAACCAAUAAAGCAUCAAGGCUGUGUUGAUAUGGUGUUUAAAGAAAGCAAGCUUUACAUGAUUAGUGCACAUCAAUGUCUCACUGUUUUUGAUUUCUCCGGUGGUGUUUCUCCAGUAGAAAUGGAAUGUGCAAGUUUCGGAUCGUCUGUGUGUGUAAAUAGAUUUCAUAUGAAGUAUUUCAGCAAUCUUGCUGUGACUUUGUCUGGAGAAGUUUUGAUCAUUGUAGGUGGUAAAAUGGAUAGUUCUCCAGAGGCUAAAUGCGUCUUCACUGUCAAUAAGAUGGAUCCAAAAUCAUCAGAAUUUACAGUACUAAUCAAGUCUAUAGGGGACGAGGCAUUGCUUUUGGAUUUAGGAAUUACGGUUCCGGCCAAAGAUGGAGUUAUGAGAGAUUGCAUAUAUUUUAGUAAUGAUCAGUAUCAUAGAUGUUGUGGGAUUAGUCUACGCGAUGGUUAUAACGCUGACCGUAUUUGCGUUUACCAAAUCGGAAGCGAUUAUGUGGUCCAAGAGUUUGAACAUCUAACUACUUCCUCGACAAAACUUUUCAAGGAUGCUCGUUGGUUUUUCCCCACUUUUGGUGAUAAAUGUUGUUUCCAUCUAUGGAUUCUUCAUCCAGUAAUUCUGCAGGCGAAGAAGCUUCAGAAAAGCAAUUUAAAAGGGACAAAACCAGUGACGAGAGAGAAAACGACAAUAGUUAAUAACGUAGAUGGAACAACAACGCAGCGAGAGAAAACAACCAAAGGAAAGAACAUGAUUGGAAAGAAGUGA